AUGAAGAAGAUCCUAAUUUGCGUCUUGGUGAUGGCAUUGGCGACGGAUGCUCAAGACAGGUUCAUCACGCGGACACAUAACAGUCAGAUAAUUACAGAGCCACAAAGCUUGGAAAUAAUGCUUGGUGAAACGCAAACUGUCGAAUUUCGGUACAUGUAAGUUCCGAAAUCUUUCUACGGGCUUAUUUGUAGUUUCAUACACAAUGCUUAUGAAAAGUUUAAAAAAAAUCAAUUAAAAAAUCCAAAGGUUGAGAAAAUCCUAGAGUAAAGCCUUGAAUCAUCCCUCGUCAAGGGGUUCCCGUUUUUUAAAGACAUUACUUUUCAGAGGAAAUGAACCCCAGUCAAAUGACGCUCAAACUUUCGGAGAAACCAUAUUUCUCACUUUCAAGGAGUAG